UGCAAAUAGUCAACACUGAAGUCAGCUGAUUGUAUAACAAACUGCAUCAAUUUUGAUAAACCUUUUUUGCAUACAAAAGUGAGAAUAUAAAACCAAAUUUAGAAAUCCAACUGGAAAAGUUAAGUUUUGAAUUUACGCAAAAAUAAUUCCAUGAUAGAAAUUCAGUUUCUAGAACGGAAAGAGUAGGAUAAAAAAUGGAAAGGAGAAAGUUUAGCUUAUAUGUGGUGUGUCUACACUUAUUGGGUUUUUCGUUUUUGGCAAAUUGCGACAACAUCGGCAUAGCAACGUCAUCAGCUAAAAAUGCAUUGCCUAUUAACAAUAAUACGGUUCUAAAUACCACAAUGACAUUACAACAAAUACUAAAUACUACUGGAUCGAAGGCAAAUGUUCAUAAAAAUCGCACGAUAAGUCCAACAAACUUAGAUAUCAUUCCUAAAGAAUCAGGAGCAGCAGUUGAAAUAAAUAUCGGUAAAACUAAAUCAGUGGCGGAACAAAGUGAACCAAAUGCAGUACUAGGUGAACCUCUGUCAAAUAAUCCGAAUAUCACUAAAUAUAACAAUACUCACAAGGACAAUGGCACGCAUGUUGUAAUUUCUCUGAACUCAACAGAUCCUAUAGGUUAUACAAACUCUACUGCUAAAAUCAAACCAGACCCUUUGUUUCCAACAAAACAAGGUAAUGAUAGUGUUGUAAUACUUACCAAAACAAAAGACGAAAAAUCUACAACGACAUCAACUACUACCACUACAACAACAACCACUACAACGACGACGACAACAACGACCACACCGAAACCCAAAAAACCCAGCAUUACCUUUGGACUUGCUGACUUCCCAGUUUUGCCAGGGGAAUCCAAUAUUAUAAACAAGGUAUCGGAAUCAUCUAGCUUAAAAUUUCCAGUCCCAAACGAUUCAGUUGCACCACCGAAUGCAGAACCGUCCCAAGAGUUGAAUAGCGGAUUUAACUAUCGCAGCGGUCGAGAUUAUAUUGUACCCGUAAUGACGGUGCUUUUUACAAUUCCUUUGGCCAUUGGAGUAGUAAUCACUACCUAUCGGCGUUUUCGCGAUUGUUGGUCGACACGACAUUACCGACGAAUGGAUUUUUUGGUGGAUGGCAUGUACAAUGAUUGACAACUGGCUACCAAAGAUUUAUCAGAGAAAAGUGACACAGAUGAAAAUGUCGAUAACGUUGUUGACGCUGCUCAGCAAAUGAAACAGCACCGCACAAUAAUAAUGUCUUAAUAGUUGUGAAAUGAUAAGAGAGUGAGAUUGAUUAAUUGUAUGUAGAUAUAAACUGAUAGACUUUCAACAUACUUUCUUAAUAUUAACUUAAGCGUGUAUUAUAGCUUACAUGCAGACAUGCAUUUUUUAUUUUCAGUAAUAUGCAAGAUGUCAAAAAUUUAAAAUCAAUGUCCAUCUGCUUACGAUUUAGUUUAUGUGCUUUUGCAUAUCUAAUUAUUUAUAAAUUUUUAGUACCAUAGUAGUAGAUGCAUAUGUAUGUACAAAUGCAUGUAUUUAUCUAAAACAUUUUCGGGAACCGACGAUUUUCACAAUUGCAUGUUGUUUGCGAAAAAUUCCAAGUCCACUCAAGCCAAAUUUUCGAUAUACAUAUGUAUGUAUGCAUGAAAGUAAAAUAAAUAUUAAAAAAUGUUUUUAAGCGGUGAUGAAGUAACAUUAAACCAAAAACAAAAAAAUGGUGCGAAAAAAUGUUUAAGCUCAAAAAAACACAAAAUCUUCACUUAUAGACGUGGUUCACCUAGAAGACAUAGCAUUUAUAGAAAGUAAAAUCACAUAAUUUUAGACAAUAUUUCACAAGUUGUAAAAUAAAAUCAGGCUAAAAACUUUUCUAAGUUUCACUGAUUUUUUAUGAUAAAUUUCGGCUUCCAUACUGAUUGUGUAAAAUUAUUGUAUAAGAAACUCUAAUGUACUCAUAAUUUUCGUUUAUAUGACAAUAAAUUAAAAACUCAAAAUUUUAUAAUGACAUUCAAAGAAAAAAAAUUAUUGCUAAAUAUCAAAGCAUUUACAAAAAUGUAGAUUUAAAAGUGCCUUAUAAGCGUUAAUUGGCGUUUAUUUCAUGUAGGAUACUCACAUAUUGUAUUUGUGUUUAGAUAAUAAGAUAUUAAAAAACAAUCUUACACGUGUAUAUAUCGUGGUAGCAGCAAAUAAUCAUAUGCACACACAUACAUACAUGCAUAAAUAAUUACCUUGUAAAAACCAUUGAGUGAA